AUGGUGUUUGGGUGCUCAAUAUUCUCUAUUCUCGCAAACAAGUUCGGUAUCAAGAAGGUGUUAAUUCUUGGUACUUUGGGUUAUGCCCCUUACUCGGCUUCACUUUACGUCAACAAUCGAUAUGGCGUUGAGUGGUUUGUUCUCUUCGGUGGUGCCACUUGCGGCAUCGCAGCAUCUGCACUCUGGGCCUCCGAGGGUGCCAUCGCACUCGGAUACGGCGAUGUAAAGGAUCGUGGAAAGUUCACGGGUAUUUGGCUUGGGCUUCGCGAGCUCGGCCAGCUAAUUGGUGCAUCUAUCCAAUUGUCUUUGAAUGUGAAUAAUGGAAGUCGCGGCAAAGUCUCGUACACAACAUAUCUAGUGUUGAUCGGCCUCCAGUGCCUUGGCUUACCGCUAGCAUUACUCAUUUCAUCACCGGAGAAGAUCAUCCGACGAGAUGGAAGGAAGAUUCCUGACCCGACGCAGAACAAAGCGGUACUGGCAGAGUUUCGCAAGCUAUGGAAUUUGUUGAAGAAAAAGCAGAUGUAUCUUCUCAUCCCCAUCCUUACCGGUUUUAAUUGGAACGGAACGUAUCUUGGCAUAUACUUGACCAAAUAUUUCUCCGUUCGAGCAAGAACCCUCGGCUCGUUGACUUCCGGUGUUGUUGCGACGGUCGCCAAUAUUUUCUGGGGAUGGUUCUUCGACCGCCCCUUUCUGAGACGGCCCACCCUGGCACGAUUCACGUGGGCAUUCUUUGCUGUGUUCAUGACCGCAUUAUUUGGCUGGCAGUUCGCAAAUGAGAAGCUGUACUCUGGUAGCAAUCCAAAGGUCACACUUGAUUGGGCAAAUCCAGGGUUCGGUAGAGGAUUUGCAGUCAUGGUUUUGAUGAGGUAA